AUGCCUGUCUUCGAAGAGACCGCUACAGCGCACCGCGAUUUGAGAAUCCUCCCGUCACGGGCAUUGCCAUUACCACGACUCUCACCCAAAGUGUCUAUCACUGGCGAGGAACGUGAAGUCGUUGUUAUUGGAGCUGGGCCAAGUGGUCUCUUCCUCACGUUGCUGCUUGCCAGAUAUGGUAUCUCGGGAUCAUCCCUUCUCUGCCUAGACUCUAAGCCAGGCACUUUGAAAGCGGGUCAAGCGGAUGGGCUCCAGCCUCGUACUCUUGAAGUGUUUCAAAGCCUGGGCAUCGCUUCGGAGAUCAUUGCGGAUGGCUGUCAUAUGGAAGAAGUAGCUUUCUGGAACCCGAUAGCUCAGGUUGAAGGCGCCAAUGGAAAUUCAAAGGGUGGUAUCGAGCGGACUUCUUUUGUGCCCGACGUGAAUGUACCGGCAAGAUUUCCAUUCGAGGUAACAAUCCAUCAGGGUCGUAUUGAGAGGAUCCUACAGGAAAACUUGGAUGUUUAUGCUCCGAGGGACACCAUCAGGAGAUCACAUCACUUCUUGGAUUAUACAGUCGACACGGUCAAUUACCCGGACUAUCCCAUCUUGGUCAACUAUGAACAUGAGAUUGAAGAUGGCAGUCGGGUCCCAGGAUCGGUGCGCACGAAAUAUCUAGUCGGAGGCGACGGUGCACAUUCGAAAGUGCGAAAGUCUAUGGGAUUGUCCUUAGAAGGAGAGACAUCUGACCAUAUUUGGGGCGUUUGCGAUUUCGUAGCCGACACCGAUUUCCCAGACAUCCGUAAACGUUCCGCUGUGCAUUCCGAGUCUGGCUCUAUCAUGGUCAUUCCGAGAGAGCAGAUUGCAACGGGCGAAUUCCUUACACGUCUCUAUGUUCAGGUACCUGGUGAUGUUGAUGCCAAGGCAGACCGCACAACAACGCCCGAAGAUGAAAAGAAGAACUCAAGCAAGAAGAAGCGUGCUGAGGUCACUUUGGACUAUAUCUUCCAGCAAGCUAACGCAGUGUUUGCACCGUACAGCAUCAAGAUCAAGGAGGGUACUGCGCCUGAUUGGUAUGCUGCAUAUCAGAUUGGUCAAAGAAUGAGUUCGAAAUUUUCUUCGAGGACGCCAGAUGGUGUUGAUAGAGUGUUCAUUGUCGGAGAUGCAUGCCACACGCAUAGCCCCAAAGCAGGUCAAGGCAUGAAUGUCUCGAUGAUGGACUCGUACAAUCUAUCUUGGAAGCUUGCUCAUUCCAUUCUUGGCUUGUCACCACAAUCAGAAAAGCAAGCUGAUCAGGUUCUCGAGACUUUCGAUCUGGAGCGUGUGGAUACUGCUCGUCAACUCAUUGAGUUCGAUGCGAAAUUCUCUCACAUGUUCUCAGGCAAGAUUGGAUCCGGUGAUUCAGAAGCAGGACUUACACAUGAUGAGUUCCUCAAGGUGUUCCGUGACGGAAGUGGUUUCACGAGUGGAUGUGGUCUUGAAUACAAGUCUAACAAACUUGUCAAGUCAGCGAAAGAAUCAGAGGGUAUGCUAGCCGCGGAAGGAGAUCCACUCUACGGUGCACUCACCGCAGGUCGGAGGUUCUUGAAUGUUGAGCUCAAGCGAUAUGCUGACAACACCACUCGUCAGCUGCACGAUGAACUCCCGUCAAACGGUCGCUACCGCAUACUCGUACUCACCAGUACAAAUCUUCUCAAGAGCGACGGUCUAUCUCAGAAAGCGCUGAGAGCAUGUGCCACCAUGGUGGAUGAACAUCCUGCUGGUUCAAUCGAUUUUGCGGUCCUGCAUCCUAUCAAGGAGAGAUUCGAGUGGACGCAGCUUCCAUCGGAUGUCAAGCGACUCGCAGAGAUGCGAACAUACGGAUUGGCAAGGAAAGAAGAUGCCUACGAGACUUACGGUAUCGCUAGAGAUGAAGGUGCUAUUGCUGUCAUUCGACCUGACGGAUACGUGGGUGUCCUCUGUCGUCUAUCUGCGAUCAGGACAGUGCAAAGCUACCUGGAGGCAUGUUUGGUGGGGGCUUGA